AUGACAGCUUGGCUGGCCCUCGGCAUCAUCUGCACUUUUGUCGUCGUCUUCAUUUUCAUGCCAUCACCAAACAAGCACCACGAAUACCCCUCCAAAGACACCCACCACAUCAAUCACCCCCACAAGAAACCACACCACGACGAGGCGCAUGAUCGGCCAAAGCAGAUCCCCCAUGAGCCCGAGUGCGGCCGCACCCCCGCCAAGGCUCGCCAGCGGGGCUGUAUCUUUGAGCAGCAGUUGGGCGCCUGGGUACCGACGACCUGCGCUUGGAGCGAGAUCGUGGACCAGUUCCAUGAUAUCACGGGGGAUAUAUACCUCGAGUGGGAGUGGUUCACCGAUACCGAUCUCACGCAAAAGGUGCCGCCGAGCGAGGUGUCACAAUUACAGAGUGGGAACUUCUCCGCCAUCUACACGACGUACCCGCGGGCACAUGAUUUACACUGCUUAUACUGCUGGCGCAAGGUUGAGUAUGCCAUCGAGCACGGGCUCGGUUGGAUGGAUGCUAGGUGUCAUCAGUUCUGGCAUACGAAGCAUUGUAUCACGCUUGUUGCGCAUGCAUUGACCGAACAGGCGGAGCAGCACAAGGCACUGACGUACUCUUUGCUGUUUCAUGACUGCGCUCCUCUCACAUCGACGAAGGAGUCGUGA